CGGGGUUUGGGGGUGUCGGUGGAUGACAGUGGGAGUAACCGGAGAAAGGAAAAAAUAGCAACAUCCGGGAACCUGGCAGGCACAGGAGCGAGGCGCAAAAUGGCCGCCUGGAACUGAGCUAGAUCUUCCGAGGUUUGUGCGGUGGACUUGACUGAAAGCUGUCGGCACUUGAAAGACCAUCUUCCAUUACAACCCAUCCUAUUCUUUCUACUUCAUACAAUUACACUUCAGUUUUGGCUUUGUCUCUGUAAGAAGUUCCAUAGAUACAUGUGUUUUAAUGAAGAGGGGGGAGAAACCAGAGGGCUACAGGCAAAUGAGGCCUAAAACGUUCCCAGCAAGCAGUUGCCCAGGCAAUAGCCGACAGAUGCUUCUGGAAAUACGUGAAAGCCUCCGCCAUCUACCCAAACCAUCGGACGCUGGCAAGACGGAGCAAGGGCCUACUAAGGCUGAAGAUCCAAGGCAGGGUCGUAAUCCUCCCAAGUUUGUCACUUAUCACAAGGCUUUGGCUGAGAUUCGUAACUCUUUGCAGCCUUUUGCCAACUCCACAAAUGCUUCUCAGAGGGGUGGAAAUGAAGUCAAUCGGAAAAUGCUCCAUGACCUGCAGACUGCUGGGUUUGAUGAGGAUAUGGUGAUCAGAGCUUUACAGCAGACGAAUAGUCGCAGCAUAGAAGCAGCGAUUGAAUAUAUCAGCAGGAUGAGUUGUCAAGAUUCAUAUAGGGAAACGCCUGUCGCUUCGGCAGGAAGAUCGCACAACACUGGAAUGAUACCGUCAGGUAGUAUUCAGCAUUCUGUUAAUCGCCGGCAAAGCUGGAAAGGGUCAAAGGAGUCCUUGGUUCCCUCAAGACACAUAUCACCUUUGUCUGACAGUGUUGUUUAUGGGCCAUCAGAAAUUCAGAGUACACAAACUGAUAUGGGAAGGCCUUUAUCUGGUUCAGGCCUUCCAUCAUUUACCCAGGCACUUCCAGUAAAUGGCCAGAGAGUCAAUCCUCCACCUCCACCACAAGUAAGAAGUGUUACUCCACCACCGCAACCGCCACCCAGAGGUACAGCUCCAUCCCCACAGUCCUGGGAACCAAACUCGCAGACAAAGCGGUACUCUGCUAACAUGGAUUUUGUUAUUUCCCGCAUUUCUCCAGUUCCACCUGGAGGUUGGCAGGAGGGGUAUCCACCUCCAAAUAUGAACUCUGCACAAGUAAUUAACCCACAGUCUCAAGCACAGAGACCUAUGAAUCCUGUACCAGUAGGAAGACAGCCCAUCAUAAUGCAGACAUCUAGCACCAGCAAAUUUGGUUAUUCUGGGAGGCCUGGCAUGCAGAACGGUAAUGGACAAUCUGAAUUCAUAACACACCAAGUGAAUAAUAAUGUGGGGAGGAACCAGCCGCCACCUUAUCCUAUGUCAAAUGGUCCAAACAGCACAACAUUGCAGAUGCAAGGAAGUAAUGGACCGAUGUCUCCCUCUGCUUAUAAUAAUGGAAAUCUUCCCUCAUCUAUGCUAGUACCAAACCGAAAUAGCCACAACUUGGAAAUGUACAACCUAGGCAUUCCUGCUCAUCCAACUUCAUGGCCCCAGUCCUCCUCCACCCAGUCCCCCCAAGGAAAUCAUGACAUGUCAUCAUGGCAAAAUAACAUUCCUGUACGGUCCAAUUCUUUCAAUAAUCCAAUGGGCGUUCGCCAGGGGCACCCUGCUAAUACGCAGCCAUCUGCCACCACUGUGACUGCAAUCACUCCUGCUCCUAUACAGCAACCUGUGAAGAGCAUGCGGGUGUUAAAACCAGAACUUCAAACUGCCCUGGCACCAGCACAUCCAUCUUGGAUGACACAGGGUGUACAGCCUGGACACUACUCAGAAGUAGCUGCACACAGCAAUCCUUUGCUGCCACCACAACCAGAAGCACCAAAUUACCAGGGGCCCCCGCCACCAUACCCAAAGCACUUACUACAGCAAAACGCAACUGGUUACGAGGCAGGAUUGAAGUCAGGCAAAGAAGAUCCAUCGGUGUCUUCCAGUGUCCAAGACGAAGGUGAUAAAAACAUUGAAACUAUUGUUGAAACCACAGAAAAAGAAAAGAAACAGAUCACAACAUCACCAGUGCCUGUACGGAAAAAUAAGCGGGAUGAAGAGAGGAGGGAGUCUCGCAUCCAGAUCUAUUCAUCUCAAGCAUUUAAGUUCUUCAUGGAACAACAUGUGGAAAACAUCCUAAAAUCCCACCAUCAGCGACUGCACCGAAAGAAGCAGCUGGAAAAUGAAAUGUGCCGGGUGGGUUUGUCGCCAGAUGCCCAAGAUCAAAUGAGGAAAAUGCUGUGUCAGAAGGAGUCUAACUACAUCCGACUUAAAAGGGCCAAAAUGGAUAAAUCCAUGUUUGUAAAAAUCAAAACUUUGGGAAUUGGUGCCUUUGGAGAAGUCUGCUUAGCCAGAAAGACAGAUACCAAUGCUUUGUAUGCAAUGAAAACUUUACGUAAGAAGGAUGUGUUAUUACGCAACCAAGUAGCCCAUGUCAAGGCUGAGCGAGACAUCUUGGCAGAGGCAGAUAAUGAGUGGGUCGUGCGACUCUACUAUUCCUUCCAGGACAGAGACAACCUGUACUUUGUCAUGGAUUACAUUCCAGGUGGGGAUAUGAUGAGCCUCCUUAUCCGCAAAGAGGUUUUCCCUGAAGAUUUGGCUCGGUUUUACAUAGCAGAGCUCACCUGCGCAGUAGAAAGUGUUCAUAAAAUGGGCUUCAUUCACCGUGACAUCAAACCUGACAAUAUCCUUAUCGAUCGCGAUGGGCACAUUAAACUCACCGAUUUCGGCCUGUGUACGGGAUUUCGAUGGACGCAUGACUCAAAGUACUAUCAGAGUGGUGAACACCUGCGACAAGACAGCAUGGAUUUUAGCAGUGAAUGGGGUGACCCAGCAAAUUGUAGAUGCAGUGAUAGGCCUAAGCCUCUUGAGUGGCGAGCAGCAAAACAACAUCAGCGCUGCUUAGCGCACUCUCUGGUGGGCACCCCUAACUACAUUGCACCAGAGGUCCUGUUGCGCACAGGAUAUACACAGCUUUGUGAUUGGUGGAGUGUUGGAGUCAUACUUUAUGAAAUGCUUGUUGGGAAAGCUCCUUUCCAUGCAGGGUCACCACUGGAAACACAAAUGAAGGUAAUAAAAUGGCAAACAACGCUCCAUAUCCCUCCUCAAGCCAAUCUCUCACCAGAAGCUUCAGAUUUAAUUGUGAAGCUCUGCCGAGGCCCUGAAGAUCGCUUGGGCAAGAAUGGCGUUGAUGAGAUUAAAGCGCACCCUUUCUUUAAGAGCAUAGACUUCUCUAGUGACUUGCGUCAACAACCAGCCCUGUAUAUUCCCACAAUUACUCAUUCCACAGACACUUCCAACUUUGACCCUGUAGAUCCAGACAAACUCUGGAACGAUGAAGACAAAGAUGGAAAUAAAAAUGACACCCUGAAUGGGUGGUAUAAAAAUGGCAAACAUCCUGAGCAUGCAUUUUAUGAGUUCACUUUCCGGAGAUUCUUUGACGAUAAUGGACACCCAUACAACUAUCCUAAGCCUUUUGAAUAUGACUGUGAUGAUACAGAGGGGGAUGGCUACCAACAAUCUGAUGCAGAAGGCCGCGGUGGGAAGAGACCUCCAAACAGGCACUUGGUAUAUGUAUAAAUAAGCCACAAAGGGAUUCGAGGAAUCGCUCAUAUUAUCUGUGGUUUGUUUCUAAUGGUUUGAAGCGAAGCUUGGUUCCGCUACGUUGGAAACCUUAAAAACCUUGGAGGAGUGCGCUUAUUGUGUGGCCUCUAGUGCUAUAGCACUACUGGUCAAAUUCUAAUCUUAACCAGAGAUUUAUUUAAGCAGUUAUUGCUGCUGCUCAAUAUUUUAGAGUGAUGCUGGAAUUCAUCCCCGCUGAAUUUUAAAUAUAAAAAGGACUUCUUUUUUUUUUCUUAUCACAGCACCUUGUUUUUACACUUUUAUGUGUUUUUCAGAUUACCCUUUCUAUGUUUUAUUGGGCACACGCUAUAGUUCUUCAGAAUGGACUGGGAGGUUUAAUUUAAUUUUAAGCUGUAAAAGUACAAGUUUUGCAAGACAAUGAGGGACAUUUAUAUAAAAAAAAAGUUCAUUAAAAGUCUCAUAAUGGUUA